AUGUCAUGGGACAAUGCUGCCGGCGCUGCCGAGGAUUACAGUGGUGGUGAUGCUGGAGGUGGUGGAGGUGGUGAAGGUGGCGGUUUCAGCGGACAGUGUUUCAAUUGUGGUCAGACUGGCCAUUCCAAGCAAUCAUGCACAGAGCCACCCAAGCCCAGACCAUGCUAUAAUUGUGGCGAAGAGGGACAUUCGAAGACGGAGUGCACCAACGAACGAGUUGAGCGCGAAUUCACGGGCACUUGCCAUCUCUGUGAGGAAGUUGGUCACCGUGCUAGCGAUUGCCCAAGCGGCGAACCCCGAACAUGUAACAACUGCAAGGAAGAAGGGCACACUACUUCCAAGUGCAAGAACCCGCGGAAGAUCGACUACUCUGGCGUCGAGGAGGUUGCUGCGGAGGAGGCGUGGGCUCAGAUCAUGGCCGCCGCCGAAGAUCACGACCUCGACGAUGUCAAGGAGGCUGCUCUGAAAUAUUUCAAAGCCUGUCCGGAGACUACGUAUGUCGACAUGGAGAAAGGCUUUCGGAGCCAGGACAUAAAAGUUUACCUCAUUGGUAUCGAAAAGGAGCUUCUGGUCACAUAUACCAAUAUGGACCUUCAGGGUAAUCUCAACAAGAAAUACACCGUUAACUGGCGCUUUUCGGAUCUUCCACAUCGACCCAGGGAGAGGGAGCAUUGGCCAUCUACCCCUGAGGAAAACCUUGAGCGACUGGCCGAUGCUGGUGUUCCUGUCGAUUGUGGCCUUCCGAAGUGCUCCAACUGCAAUGAACUUGGCCAUAUCUACAAGAACUGUGACCAGGAGAAGAUGGAAAACGCCGAGCGGGCAGUGCUUCGCUGUUACAAUUGUGAGGGCGAGGGUCACCGAAUUCGAGACUGUAAAGAGCCCCGUCCUGACAGAUAUGCUUGCCGCAACUGUGGAAAGUCAGGUCAUGGUUCCAAGGAAUGCCCUGAACCUCGUUCUGCAGCCAAUGUUGUCUGUAAGGUUUGUGAUGAGAAGGGACACUUUGCCAAGGACUGUCCUCAGGGUGGUGGAGGUGGUGGUGGGGGCGGCGCAUGCCACAACUGCGGAGAGGAGGGUCAUCGAAAGCAGGACUGCACCAACGAGCGUGUGUUGAUUUGCCGAAACUGCGACGAGGUCGGUCAUGUUUCUCGUGAAUGUCCCAAGCCCCGAGACUACUCUCGAGUGAAAUGUUCCAAUUGCUCGCAAAUGGGUCAUACGAAAGUCCGCUGCAAGGAGCCAAUCGUCGAGAAUGCAGAUGCUGGUCAAGCCAAUGGUUACGGAGGUGGCGGCGGUGCCGAGACUUCUGGCGAAGCUGCAUAUGGUGGUGGUGACGGUGCGCUUGAGCCUGCUCAGGACGGCGGUAAUGGCGAUUCAGCCUGGUGA